AUGUACAUCAAACAGAUCAUCAUCCAGGGCUUCAAGUCCUACAAAGACCAGACUGUCAUCGAGCCCUUCUCGCCCAAGCACAAUGUCAUUGUCGGUCGCAAUGGCAGCGGCAAAUCGAACUUCUUCGCCGCCAUCCGCUUCGUCCUCAACGACGCCGGCUACGAUCACUUGAUGCGCGAGGACCGCCAGAACUUGCUACAUGAAGGCGCCGGAAGCGCGGUCAUGAACGCCUAUGUUGAGGUCAUCUUCGACAAUGCCGAUGAGCGAUUCCCCACCGGGACGCCGGAAGUGAUCUUGAGGCGCACAAUCGGACAGAAGAAGGAUGAAUACAGCCUGAAUCGCAAAAACACCACCAAGCAAGAAGUCAUGAACAUGCUUGAGAGUGCCGGCUUCAGCAAAAGCAAUCCCUACUACAUCGUGCCGCAGGGACGCGUCAGCAAGAUUACAAACAUGAAAGAUGCGGAUCGGUUGCAGCUGCUCAAGCAAGUGGCCGGCACAGACGUGUACGAUGAAAGGCGAUUGUCCUCCUUGCGCAUCAUGCAAGACACCGAGCAAAAGCGCUCGCAAGUGGACGAAGUGCUGGUGACCAUCCGUAAUCGCCUCGAGGAACUAGAGGAGGAGAAGGAAGAGCUACGCGCAUAUCAAGAGAAGGACCGUGAACGAAGAUGUCUGGAGUACUCAAUCUACAAGGGCGAACAAGACGCUUUGCAAGACGCGCUGGGCACGCUGAGCGAGAAUCGCGAGGGCGGGAUGGAGCAGACUGAUGAGAAUCGGGAGGCCCUCGAGCAGUGUGAAGUUCAGCUGGAGCAGAUCGAGGGAGAGAUUUCGGAGUUGCAGCAGCAGCUCAAAGUUCUGGUGGAGGAGAAAGGCCAGCUUGAAAGCGAGCGUCGGGACACUGCGCGAGAGAAGGCGAAGAUUGAGCUGGAUGUGCAGUCCAUCAGCGCCAAUCAAGCCGCCGCUCAACAAGCCCGACAGCAACACGAGACGGAUCUGCGCGACGUCCAGGGCCAGAUCAAGCAACGAGAAGCUGCACUUGCACAGAUCAUGCCGGAAUAUGCAGCGAGGCAAGAGCAGGAGAAGGCGCUGAAGCGGCAGAUGCAGGAGGCAGAGGCCACCCGACAGCGUCUCUAUGCCAAGCAAGGCCGCCAGGACCAGUUCAAGUCCAAGCGUGAUCGCGAUCAGUAUCUGCAACGAGAGAUCAACGAUGUCAACGUGGCUCUCGGCAAACGCAAGGCCGUGGUUCUUGAGACAACGGAAGAGAUUACGGAGCUGGAGACACAAAUCGCAACGCUGGAUUCAGAGGUCGCUGAUAUGCACCAUCGCAUUGACAACCGUGGCGACGAACAGCAAAAGAUCUCGGCGGAAGUUCAGCAAAAGAAAGAAGAGCAGCAUCAAUUGCUUGACCAGCGCAAGGAACUCUGGCGUGAGGAGGCGAAACUGGACUCCGUCAUCGACAACGCACGUCAGGAGCUCGAAAAGGCCGAGCACUUCUUGAGCCGCAUGAUGGACCAAAAUCUGAGUCGCGGUCUUCAGAAUGUGCGGCGCCUUGUCCGUCAGCACGACAUUCAGGGAGCUCAUGGGCCACUCGGUGAGCUGUUCGAGUUCAGUGACAAAUACAAGACUGCCAUCGAAGUCACUGCCGGCACUUCGCUCUUCAAUUACGUCGUCGAUAAUGACGAAAUCGCUGCACGGCUCUCUGAGAUGCUGAAGAAGGACAAGCUGGGUCGUGUGACCUUUGUGCCUCUCGCGCAGGUCAAAGUCAAGCCAGCAAACAUCCCAAAGGCUAGCGAUGCCGUCCAUCUCAUCACGAAGCUCAAGUACAACGCGAAGUUCGACAAGGCUUUCCAGCAGGUCUUUGGCAAAACGGUUGUCUGCCCAAAUCUGCAAGUCGCUGCUCAAUACGCCCGCUCGCAUGGUGUCAGUGCCAUCACACCAGAUGGUGACCGCUCCGACAAGAAGGGUGCUUUGACCGGAGGUUGGCACGACGUGCGCAACUCACGGAUGGACGGCAUGAAGCGCGCCGAGCAGGCUCGGGCAGCGUACGAGAAAGAUGCGAGUCGCAAAGCGGAGAUCCAAGCACAGCUCGAUGCGCUGGGUCAGCAAGUAACGAAAGCGUUGAGCGAGUUGCAGCGAUUCGAGCAGAGGCGAGCGCAGAUGGAGGGCGGGUACGGGCCACUCAGGGAAGAGUUGCGCAGACAGCAAGAAGUCCUCAACUCCAAGCGUGAUGAGCUUGAGCGGAAACAGAAGCAGCGUGAUACUGUGCAAGGAUUGGUGCGCGAUCUAGGGGAGCAACUCAGCGGUUACGAGGCCGAAUUGCAGGGUGACUUUAAGAAAGCGCUCAGCAAUGAGGAGGAGCAACGACUGGAAUCCUUGAGCGCCCAACUCCCUGACUUGCGGAAACAACAUGCGCAGGUCAGCGGUGAGCGAUCUGAGCUGGAGGUCAAGAAGAGCAACAUCGAACUGGAGCUGAGAGAGAAUCUGCGAUUGAGGCUGGACCAGCUGCAAUCGAUGGACCCCGGUGCUUCUCUAGACGGCAGUGGGAGCAGUACGAAUUUGAAGGAGCAGCAACGAGACCUCAAGCGGAUUUCGGCAGCACUGGACGCAGUGAACAAGAGGCUCAACGAGAACGAGGCCAGCACGGAAGAGACGCAGCAGCAGCUCCAAGAACGAGAGCAGAGGCACACAGACAAGCAGACAGAGUCCGAGAACCUGCGUCGCGCCAUCCGCAACCAUCAAAAAGAAUUCGAAAAGGCGGCGAAGAAACGCGCGUUGCUCAGCGCCAACCUUGCAAGGGUAUCGACCGACAUUCGUAAUCUAGGCGCCCUGCCUGACGUCGCCUUCACCGCACAAUACACCAAUCUCAAGACCAGCACCGUCACCACACGGCUGCACAAGGUGCAAGAUGCGCUCAAGAAGUACGGCCAUGUGAAUAAGAAGGCCUUUGAGCAGUUUGCGCAAUUCGAGAAGCAGCGAGACUCGCUCGAGAAGAGGAGAGAGGAACUGAGUGCUUCGGCGGAGAGCAUUCAGGAUUUGAUCGAUCACCUGGAUCAGAGAAAGGAUGAGGCUAUCGAGAGGACGUUCCGACAAGUCAGCCGUGAAUUCCACCGCAUCUUCGAGCGCCUGGUGCCGGCUGGGAGAGGCAAAUUGAUUAUCGGCAAGCGAAGCGACAAGCAAGUGCGCAACGAAGAAGUGGAGUCGGACGAAGACGAAGACGGGGGCGAAAGGAGCGUGGAAAACUACACGGGCAUCGCCAUUUCGGUCUCCUUCAACAGCAAGCACGACGAGCAGCAGCGCAUCGGCCAGCUGUCCGGCGGGCAGAAAUCCCUCUGCGCCCUCGCGCUCAUCUUUGCCAUCCAGGCUUCCGAUCCCGCUCCCUUCUACCUCUUUGAUGAAAUCGAUGCGAAUCUCGACGCACAGUAUCGUACUUCUGUUGCGCAGCUGUUGCAGGAGAGUGCGCAGACGGGGCAGUUUAUUUGCACCACGUUCCGGCCGGAGAUGUUGCUGGUGGCGGAAAAGUGCUACGGAGUCAGCUACUUGCACAAGACGAGCUCUAUCGAUGUGGUUUCGCGUGAUCAGGCGUUGGAUUUUGUCGAGGGACAGACGGGUGGGAAGUGA